AUUCCAGUUAACUAGGUAUUACUGUGAUUAUAUUAUGUGUAUUCAAUAUUCAUCAUAUCGGAUAUAACGCACUACGAAAGUUAUUUGUUUGUGGGAACGUUAUGAAUAAAUGAUAUGUGGUAGCAUUUAUUUAGUCCAAUCGUCGUUUUGGUGUCAGAGAAUUUAUUAGGGCUUAUGCUAUGGGAUAAAAAUAAAAAAAAAUAUACAUGUGAGAUUUCCUUCUCAAUAAUUACAAAUUAAUUAGAAGCGCUGGCAUAAAAUAAAAGGCGCUUAACAAUUUUAUAAGGUUAAAACGAAACAGAUUAAAAAUUUCCCUUGGCGGGAAAUGCCAGGCUGGAUGCAAAGCGAUCCCUUCGUCAACAGAGGAAAUUCGCAAUGAUGGUAUGAACUGCGAUAAAUUACCGCCUCUGCCGAUAAUCUUCAGUCACAAUGGGUUGUGGAUCCUCAGCUCACGUGGUAGCUCCAGCGCCAGAGGGGAAUGGACACAAAAUGUCCAACGGGCAGAAUGGACAUAAUGAUGCUGCUCUACAUGACGAUGGUCUCCCCACCGUGGUUCUGCCAGACACACCGGUGAAGGCUAAGCCACCAAUAUCCUUCGAGAUACCGCUAGAAGAGUUUAACCACCGGCCAGCGUCGCCUCCCCCUCACUUGCAGCGGUUGCUACAGCAGCAGAGUGUGGACAUCAGUCUGCCAGAUAUAGAGGGGAAACUAGCCGAGGCGGAACAGAGGAGACAGGCUAUACUGCAACAACGUGCUGCAUCGGCUCAUAAAAAAUCACAGAAAAUGACAAAGAAUCUUCAAGAUACCAUGAAUUUGAAUAAAAUACGCGACUUUGAAGAAACCAAGCACAACACACUCAUCGUACCAACUGAUCCAGGUUUAGAAGAUAAAAAUAUCUGAUAAAAUAUUAUAAAUAUUCAAGUGGAUUAAUUGUAGCAACUAAUUUUUCUAGAAUAUAAGAUAUUUAUCGGUUGUGUUCCUGUUAGCAUUCUUAAUCUGUAUAUAUUUCUUACGAAAUGAUUUACCUAUUGAUAUACUCGUACCAUAGUAUGUAAUUAGUUUUGAGCAAAUUCUUUCGUUUUGUUAUUUGUCUAUCUAUAUUUUGAUGACAAAUGACGAUACGAAUUAUGAUAGAUUUUUGAAUAAGAGGAAAUUAGUGUUUUUUUAUAUACUUUUAACAAACUAAGUUUUCAGUAUGUAACUACUUAUGUUACUAGUAAUAGUAUGUUUCAGUUCUUUCAGUAUGUUACUAGUAAUAGAUUAUAUAUAUAAAUCUCGUGUCACAAUGUUUGUCCUCAAUGGACUCCUAAACCACUUAACCGAUUAAUGAAAAUUCGCACACCAUUUGCAGUUCGAUCCAACUUGAGAGAGAGAGUUUAAAUCUCAAAUCGUUUUAGAGAAAGCGGGCGAAGCCGCGGGCGGUAAGCAAGUAUAAGCAAGUAUAUAUGGCAUUGCACAUUUGCACAACACGUUUGAUAUAAUUGGAUAAUAUAAAUAAAAACAUUUUUUUCAACGUACAAGAAUUAGUGCACAUAAAUAAUGUAAGUAUAUAGUUAUUAAAUAGUUUAUCGAAAUUUGUGAUACUUAGAAUAUUAUGAUUACCUAAGAAACCUUUUUAAUUAAUUCAUCUUUUAUGUUCAAUAAAAUUAUUUUUACUGUUUUCAA